AUGUUCCUACAGCAAGGGAACCCGCUCUUCGGGGCAGUUCCCCCUCAGCCAACCGGUGAUAUCCAGGACCUCUUCAUGUGCGAGUCCUACUUUGACGAAUACACUACCACUGGCGCCCCCCUCGACGCUGCCGCAACAGUAGCCCUCCAGCAACAACUCCAACAGCAGCAACAACAACUCCAGCAACAACAACUCCUCCACCAGUUCACUCUCCAACAGCACCAACAGCUCCAACAGCAGCAGCACCAACAGCAGCACCAACAGCAGCCUCAACUCUCAGCAUUUGAGCUCCAGCUUCAAUCCUUCUUGACUUCAAACGCCGUUCAGCAACAACAACUCCAACAACAGCAACAACAGCUCCAAGCCCAGCAGGAGCAGCACCAGCUUCUCCUCCACUCCCAGACCCAGCUAGCUGCAUUCCGCUGGGCCCUUGCCAAUGCUAACGCUGCCAAUGUGAAUGUCAACCUCAAUGCGGCCACUUCUGCCCCUGCCAGUGCCGGUUCGUUUGUCGCCACUUCGCCCUCAGACUCGGCCGCAUUUUUCAGCUCACCUGACCUCAUGGCCUCCUCGCUCUCACCAGAGACCGAUACCUUGAUGCUCCCCACCUCCCCCGGCGCCUUCUCCUCCACCGAGGAUGGCCCCAUGCUCUCCCCUCUCCUCCUCGCCUCCCAGGCGUCUGCGGUCAAGAUCAAGUCUGAAAAGAUCACCCCUUCGUCCUCUCCCACAAAGUCGGCCAAGCGCCAGUCCUUGGACGAUGGUGCUGAGACAGAGACGAAAGCCACAACACCCACAGGCGCGAAGCGGACCAAAAAGACAACUACUUCCACAAAAACUGCAGCUCCAUCAGCACCCAAGAAGCCAAGAGCCAAAAAGUCAUCCAAGACUACUAGCUCUGAUCAGAGUGACAUGGAGAUGUCUAUCAGUUCUGCAGUGUCAACAACUUCGACACCUUCCCCACAGACAUUUUCCCUUCAGUUGCCUGCCUCGUCCGCUGCCGGUACUACUACAUCGCUGACCGCUGCUACUUCAGGAGUUUUGGGCGCCACGGAUAUGAAUGCCUCGUCGACUGCAGGGUUCUUCCAGACCUUGCUGCCCAUGACCCCUACCACCAACAUGAUUUCGCCAUCAACCCCUACCGGCGGAUUGCCCUUCUCUCAGCCGCUUUGGAAGAUGACUCCUGGAGUGGUCCUCCCCACCGCCUUGCCAUUGCCAACAUCAGGAUUUGACCCCUCUACAUUUGCAGGACCUGUCAUGCCAACAUUGGACGGCUCAUCGACUCAACAGCAAGGAACUACCAACACGGCUGCCAACCCUGCCGUUACCGCUGCAGUGCAGGGACAACCCCAGACCCUCCAACAAAAGAUUCCCAUCACUCGUCUGAAGCCACCAGUAUCGGGCACACCUGCUCCAGCACCACCAGCAGCUCAGGGACCUCAGCCAACCAAGCAACAAAAGAAGGUGGCCCAUAAUGCCAUCGAGCGUCGAUACCGCAACAACAUCAACGACCGCAUCAGCGAUCUCAAGAACGUGGUCCCAGCGCUCUGCAACAUCAAGACCAAGGACGAGAAGGAUGACGAAGACGAGGAUGAUGAAAAGGAUGCAGACGGAGUCACCAAGGCAACCAAACUCAACAAGGCGACCAUCUUGCGCAAGGCGACCGAAUACAUCAUUGUCCUUCAAAAGCGCGAGUCUGGAACCAAGUCUGAGAAUGCUAUUCUAAGACGACUCUUGACUGCAUUGCCCGGAGGCGUCGAGCUUUUAGAGCAACACCAAGCAGAGAUUGCCAGCGUUCGUGAGGAGGGUUCGCCUAGUCCCGAGUCGUCGUCAGAGGAUUCCAACACUGAGCCUAGCACACCACCACCCAGCAACGACAACGCCACCAGCACGACUUCGACUUCUGCAGCGUCGCGUGUGCUGAUGGCCGUUUUCAUGUGCGCCACCUUCUUCAGCUCACCCGAGGGCGAUUCUGGACAUAACAGAGCGUUGAUGGACGACGGACAAGGAGAAGCUCGUGCCAUGAGCUCGUCGUUUGCCAGAGUCGUUCGUCAGCCGUCGAUGGUCGAGACUGGAGCAUCCAGCAGCACAUCCUGGAGCCCUCUUGGAGUUGUCGCUUGGGAUACCUGGGCAGCUCUCCGUACCAUGCUGUUCAUGGGAUGCCUCAUCGCCUUGGUCUGGCCCUCGUACUCUCGCCGCGGACCUUUCCCCCAGUCAAAGUUCCCCGUCAUGCCCAAGUCUGCCUCACCUCACCAGGUCUACACCACUCUGUCCGGUCUUGUCCCCAAGGUUAUCCCUUCGUCUUAUUUCCGUCUGUUUUUUGCCUUGUCGCUCGAGUUGUGGCGAUGCCUCUGGAUUCGCUUGGGUAUCUACCCUGACCUGACCGAUAUGGUCCGCCCCGAUAUCUGGGCUCGCGUUGUUGAGGCUCAAAUGUCUGGUGGAGCAGGCUCAUCUGUCAGCCGGUUCAUGCUCCUCUACACCAUUGUUCGCACCUUGGACGAGUACACCAAUGCUCGUCGUCAGCCUCGUGCUCGUGUCUCUGCCACCGCCGCCCUUGCGUUUUAUAUCUCGAUCCACAAAGCUGCCAAGCCCCUGGCCACCCUUGUCGCCCAGCAGUUUAUGGAGUCUGCGCGGUACACUGCCAAGAUCUCUGGCACUGGCCAGGACCGUUGGUUGGAGAGUAUGCUCCAAGUCGAUGUUGGAAGCGCUUCCUGGAACCGGAGUAUUCUCGAGAUUGAGAGCGCGAUGUAUGGACGCGCCGAGUACCCCCAGACGGAGGCCGUUCUCUUCCAGACCAUGGCCCCUACUCUUGUUGUUGCCCAGACCCAGAGCGUUAGCGUCCUCCAGGAUGCCUAUGUCGACUGCAUGUCCCGCCUGAACUCCUCUGCCCAUGGUCAGGAGGCCGCCACGUCUUCGAGCCCUACCAAGUUUGACCAGGUCGUCCGCACAACCAUGCCCGGAACCCGUCAUCACUGGUAUGCCUUGGUCGGCAAGAUCUCUGAGCUCUGGCUUUCCAAGGACGAACACUCUGCUCAGUUGGGCGAUCGCUUGAUGGCCCAGGUGAUGACGAUGCAUCCUCGCCACCAUCUGUCUGCCCGCUCCGACGACGAUGACGAUUCGAGCUUCCAGUUCUACGAUCAAGUCAUUGUCUACUCUUUGCUCGAAUAUGCCUACUUGAGACGCGGUAUGGCUGGACCUAGUGUUCGCUGCGGCGAGAAGGCAUGGGCGCUCUUGAACGAACGUCGUCGUGCCAAUGGUUCCAAGGCCCCCACUGGAUUGAAUGAGGUCGAGGAUGAGGAAAACGACAAGGCCCUGUUGAGCGUGGCGUCGUUUGCAAUGAACCUUACUGGAUUUGUCGAGAUCAAGGCCCGUAUUGGUCUCUGGCGUGGCGUUGAGGCCCUCAGCAGUCUUGUCCAGAGACAGCGGACCGAUGACGGUGAGUCGACUGCCCAAGAUGACAUGUCUCAGUCAGAGAUCUUGGACCAUAUCCGGACCACGCUCUUGCCUCUCACGGUGCAUUUGCGUCGGCAGUUGGAUGAUGAGUCGACGACCAUGUUGGCCAUCAUGCGGCUAGCUACCCGCUCGACGCGCUCUGCCUCCUUGCACCACAACAAGGGUGCCUCUCCUCUCAGCCCUACGACUGUCGACUUUGACCCUGCACUGCGGUUCUUGAUUGACGUCGGGCGGGUUGCUUAUGGCGCCUGGGAAGAUGGUUCUGAGGGCUCGGAUUCUGGUUGUGGAAGUGGCGGUGAGGAGGAUCUUGAUGGUUUCUCUUCGUCAAAGAAGGCUGCUGCUCUUACUACCAAGAAGAGUGAUGCCGAGAUGGCCUGGGAAAUUUGCCAAGCAUUGUAG